UGUUGUUGUUUCCAAUGGAAUCAAGAUUAUUAAUGUCCAAAAUAGUUUGGAAGAUCUCGAUGAUCCUGUAUAUCCUGAACAAGUAAAUUCGUGGAGAAUUAAGGACUUAAAAGCACUGAGGAACAUGUUAAAGAAAAACAUACUGUUACCGGGAUAUGAUUCUUGGCUUGAUCGUAAUUAUUUCUUUGAUUUCUUUGAUAAUGAAGAUUAUGAGUACUGUGCAUUUGUGAAGCAACUAAAGAAUCAUCCCUUUUUAUUGACUCAUGCGGAAAGAAGGCGGUGGUUUGUUGAAAUAAGGCUCCUCGUAGAUGAAAGUGAGUUGAAGAGAAUAUUAGAUGAUAGGGCAUUCGAUGAGUAUAGAGACUGGAAUUGGUUUAAAGAUAAGGCUCCUCGUAUCCAAAGAAUAUAUGAAGAUCCGAACAAUAAAUAUGAUGGUAAAAGUGUACGGGACCUUGUAGAAUUUUUGAAAGAUGUAUAUCUCGAUGGGGAGGAGGCUGCGGACACUGAGGUCAGAAGAUCGUAUAUGAAGUUCUUGAAUCAGAUAUAUACCUUCAUAUGAAUGUAAAUGUAAGCAGUUUGAAUAAAAUACUCUUUUCUUGGAGCUUUCAUCCUU